AUGCUAAGGAUUCUGAAGAAAUAUAGCUUUGCUUUCAAUACAUUGCAAUCAAAUCAUACGAAACGAAUUGCUGGACAUUCCGUGUCCUUCUCUUCAUCUCCAGGUUUUAUCUCCUCUGGGGAUGACUUCUAUGUUUUGUCUUCAGGUCUUGUGGUUCAGGAAACCACAAAUCAAAAUAAAAACCAAUCCCUAUAUCAACACAUAAAAGCAGAUAAUAUACUCUUUGAGUUCAUCCGUAAUGUUGUGGCCAAUCGUUUGGCCGAAUCGGGCAAAGAGUGGACACAACUGUUUGGUCCGUAUAAUAGCGGGACUUAUAAUAACCAGUUUAUGAUCGUUGACUACAAGCUCUUCAAAAAGGGAACAAAAGUCACUGAAUUGGCCGACAAUUUGCUGUGGGUUUUGGAACAGAUGCCGGAUAUCAUACACUCGGCUGAUGUGACUCCUAUACUCAGAGCACAGGGCUAUUGGGCCUCUUAUAAUGUGCCAUAUUUUCAAGAUAUUUACCAAUUGAGUGGUAACGAAGACUUAUUCCGCAAAUUCGGACCCUAUUAUAGCUACAACUCGACGGCUCGGGCGCUGAUCUUCAAGAGGGAAGAAUCAAAAGUAACUGAUUUGAAGACAUUGUAUUCACUGAUGCGUUACAAUGACUUCAAAAAGGAUCCGUUGUCUGAAUGUAAAGUAUAUAAC